UGAAUUGAUACGUCCCUCUGCCACUUCACUCCUUUUGUUCUGCCUGUUUACAUCACAAACAGCAUUGUAUUGCUUGCAGUUGAAGCACAGCAGGCAGAAUGGGGUAGACUAGUCCUAUUGGAAGUGACUGCCUACCCACUAACCCCAACCACAGCUCCAACCCCAGGAAUUGACAUAAUUUUGGUUAAUAUGUAAGCAUUGUUUGCUUACCUACAUGGGGAGAAGUAUGCUCGGCUCUUUGGGUAGUGCAGUUUGAGUAGCUUGGGCUCCUGGUUAUAUGCAUUGGAUGCUUUCUCUUCACUCCUGAAAAGAAUGUUGAGGUUUUCUCUGCAUUUGAUUUCAAAAUCAAUACCUACAUUCAGUAUAAACCUUCAGUCCACAGCAAUAGGGUUGCAAUCCGUCCAAAAUGGAUCCUUCCAAUGGUGGUUGCUCAGUUGAAAGAGACUUCUGAUAAAAGUGAAGGUUUACUUAUCAUGUUGUAACCAGUUUCUUAAGGGCAGACAUGACGAUAUCUAUGUAACUCUGUUGUAUAGAAAACUUUUUUCAGACUAUUAGGUUGCAGGAGGUAUGAAUUCAAUGUACCCACCAGAAUUGCAGCAUCCAGCAGAGGCUCUGGAGCCCGAAUCUGGUUCAGCAACUUCUUUGGCUCACAAUAUCAGUCACGGCACAGGCAGUGGACUGAUUGUGAGUGAAGAAGAAGUAGACAGGGCAGAUGUGGAACCCCAACAGCAAAUUGGUCAUGAAACAGUGAUUUCAAGGGCUUUGGACAGGCUUUCAAGGGCUACAUGGUUUAGUUUGAUUAGGAGGAUUUUCCAUUAUCAGAAUGGGAGAGAAGGGUCUGAUCUGAGAUUGAAUCCAUUGAAUACAGGGACAUGGAUCUUCUUCGAGUUGGUGUUGAUUUUGUCUCAGAUUGUUUCGGCUGUGGUGAUUCUGUUGCUUUCAAGGCACGAGAAGCCCAUUUCACCUUUGCGCUUGUGGGUUAUAGGACAUGCUCUUGGUUGUUGUGUAAGCCUGCCCCUUCUCUAUUGGCGUUACAAGCACCCAUAUGUGGAUCAUAACUCCACAGAUCAAAAUCCUCAUCGUCUCAGAGCACUGUAUGGGAGAAAUCUCCAACCUCUACCUAACAGCUCCCAUGGUGAACAUGGCAAUGGGUAUUCCAGGGUUGCCUUCUUUAUGGAGCGGUGCAGAAUGUCAUUAGAUUUUUUCUUUGCAGUAUGGUUUGUCAUAGGAAAUGUGUGGGUGUUUGGUACAAGGCGUCCAUUUUCUGACGAGGCUCCUAGCCUGUACAAGUUAUGCAUUGCACUACUUGCUUUAAGUUGCAUUGGGUAUGCAUUGCCUUUCUUUCUAUUUGCAGUCCUAUGUUGCUGUAUGCCAUGUAUAAGUACUCUACUUGGGUACAGUGUAAGCUCUCAAGGAAAGGAAAACCGGGGAGCUUCACAUCAGGAUAUUGCAGCUUUACCCAUUUACAAAUUCAAAUCAAUGUGCAAUGUGAAGGGAAUAAAAAAUGGGAGAAGAGUAGAGUCACAUGAAGAUACCGAUGAUGCAAACUGUGGAGGAGGGUCUAUAAUAGAUAGUGCAGGAAUUAGAAAGAGAUCUCUCUCGACAGAAGAUGCAGAAUGCUGCAUCUGCCUCCUAAAGUACAAAGACAAUGAGCUUCUGAAGGAGCUCUCAUGCUCACACCUCUUCCAUGUGGGGUGUGUUGACCAAUGGUUGAAGAUUAAUUCUUCCUGCCCUCUAUGCAAACGUGAGCUUGUUGGAUCAAGAAACUUAUGUGACCAUAUUUCCAGAUAUGAAUUAGAAGAAAGAAGCAGAAGAGUUAUUCUUGACAUUGAGGAUUUUGCUGAUAGAUAGUGGGCUACUUCCCUUAAAUUCAAUUAUAUAUUUGGAAAACAAAUGCAUUUCAAUAUAUGUUGGACCGCCCUCCCUCUCACCAAAACAAUGCUUUGACUGUCCAUUAGAGUGUGGACACAGCUUUACCAUUUCGCUGUACUAAAUGUCGGAGGCAGGUCCAACAUUGUCUGAUGUAAAGCUGAUACUUUCUACUUGUAUGAUUUAGGGAUUUCACACUGUCCAGAAUAAUUUAUAAGUGGUUCUAGGUAGGCUACCUAAUUCGCUACAAUUCGAUGCAUGCCCACCCAAUUUGAACAAAAACAAUUUCAUUUUUAUUUAUAUGAUAGACUUUGAUUGAUUUCCCCUCAA